AUGACUUUCAACGUCUUCCUUACCGGUCUCCUCGCAGCCACCGCUGCCGCCCUUCCCCAGGGCAACUACGCCCGCUCCGGCGAGUCCGGCGCUGUCGAAGCCCGCGACUCCGGCUCCGGUGGUAUCCAGAUCGUGAACAACCUGGGUACUGACGUCUACCUGUGGACCACCUCCUCCGAUCCCGGCAGCAUGAAGACCCUCAGCGCCGGCAGUGACUACAGCGAGGACUGGACCACCAACUCCAACGGCGGCGGCAUCUCCAUCAAGAUGUCCACCACUCAGAGCAAGGACAGCGUUCUCCAGUUCGAGUACACCCAGGAUGACGACAAGUUCUUCUGGGACAUGUCGUCCAUCGACCUCGACGAGACCUCCGAGUUCAUCAAGGGCGGCUUCACCGCGAAGCCCAGUGACUCGAGCUGCCGAUCCGCUAGCUGCGCCGCUGGAGACGCCAACUGCGCGGAGUCCUACCAGCACCCUGACGAUGUGAACACCUACUCGUGCUCCAAGGACUCGAGCUUCACUCUGACCUUGGGUUAA